UAUAAAACCUCGCUGCCGCUGGUUGUCCACUCACUUUUAGCGUACAAGUAAAAUGUUACGGUUCAGAAAGAUGCUGGUUCUGCUGUUCAUGCUGACAUCAACUCAGUUGGUAGUCACGGUGGAAACUACUAGUUCAGAUGCUAAAUUACAAGCGGAUAAUACGCAAACUGCUGGAAGCAAGUUCCAAAACGUUCUCAAUACUUUUGACGUUGCUGAGCGACUUACUGAUAUGAACCAACUCAAUCGAGUCUUUGGUAAGCUCACUGCAACACCAGGGCAGUUCCCAUGGAUGGUUUUCAUCGUUGCUGACCACAAUGAAGUUUUUAGCGGAACCUUAAUAUCGGAUCAGUGGAUUCUCACUUCUGCAUUCUUCUGCUCAAAGUACAACCUGAGCACUAUAAUCUUGGGUGUCGUCGGCGACUAUACCUACUAUGUGGAAAAUCCAACUAUUAUAGACAAUUAUAAUUACACUUGCUACGUGCACGAGCUAUACGAACCAUAUAAUGAUACGAAAGGACACAACAUAGCUCUGAUUAAGAUGCUAAAGCCUGUUACUUUUACAACCAAUAUUAUGCCCAUACAACUACCUUCUGUAAAUGAUGCCACGAAGGAUUUUACUAAUAUUUCGAUGACAGUUAGUGGAUAUAGGAAAGAGAGCUAUUGUUAUGUUUUAAAUACAUACAGCACGUCAUAUUCCUUCUCUCUGAAUUACGAAGAAUUGCAGGGGGUUACCUACGCGGAGUGCUCUGCAAACCUCAUGGCAAAUUAUGCGCUUUCUUUGACUGAAUCCGCAAUCUGCACAGGCCACUCCAGCUUCGGACUCUGUAGUGUUGGUGCUCAAGGCGCUCCUUUAUUCUACAAGAACCAAAAUGGAUAUUGGGUUAUUGCGGGCAUUAUUGCAUCUUACCCCUACAACUAUUGCAAGGACGGCAUUCCGACAGUCUUUACCCGCGUUAGCUCUAAUCUUGAUUGGAUUUAUACGAAAACUGGAAUGUCACUCCCAGGAGUAUCAACUAGCACACCAAUAGCAACCACUUUCUCAGAAGUGCCCGAAGGAUCAACUUCAGGGACUCAUUCUGGUAAUACCUCGACCACAGGUGGCUCACCAUCGACCACUUCUAAUCAGUCGACCACUGGAAAGCCCUCAACUACCACAAUUACUACUAAACCAACCUCUACCUCUACUGAAAAAACAACCACGACCACGAAACCAUCAAGCACGAUGACCUUUAAACCAUCAAGUCUGAAGACCACCACAAAGACAACCACCAAAACAACCACUAAGAGGACCACCAAGACCACAACCAAGACCACCACUAAAACCACCCCGAAAACCUCAACAUCUAAGAAAUCUAGCAGCACCACUAAAAAAGCUUCUGGCUAAAAUUUACUUUGAUUUCAUGCUUUGAUAUCUGUUAAUCUUUGAAAUACGAUCGAUCUUGGCAAAAUUUCCCCUUUAGCAAUAAAAAGAGGAUUUACCUUAAUACCGUAUCACUUAAAGAGGCAUCUCAGUAUUGAAAUAAUUCGAAGGACGCAUGUCAAAAAAUGAUUUAACUGUGUUUUAAAAAUAAUAUUUUAAAUAAAUUUGUGUCUGGAUUGGAAUAAAAUUUUUAAAAGUAUUAGAAAUGC